AUGUUUUCCCACGAAUUCAUCUGGCUAUUCCUCCGAGCCUUCAUCCUCCUCGCCAUCUUCUACCAAAUAACCUGGACCUUCGCCAAACACCGCGACGUUCCCGGCCCCAUCCUAGCCAAGUUCACCGACCUCUGGCGACUCCUAGUAGUAUGGCGGCGAGACUCCCACGACACCUACCUCAAAUUGCACAAGAAACAUGGUGACCUCCUCCGCAUCGGACCAAAUUGCAUCAGUAUCUGCAAGCCGGAUAUGAUACCCAUCAUCUAUGGGAUACAGAAGGGCUAUGUCAAGUCAGACUUCUAUGCUGUGUGGCAAAACAUGAUCAACGGCAAGCGAUCGCCUUCGCUGGUCUUCACGACAGAUGAGCAGCAACAUGCUAUGCUAAGAAGACCUGUUGCUGGUGCAUUUGCUUUGAGCACGUUGGUAGAGUUCGAGCCUUUAAUUGACUCCACUACUGCUGUCUUCUUGACGAGGCUGGACGAGCUCUUUGCUGAGACGGGCAAGGUCUUCGAUCUUGGGACAUGGCUACAGUGGUUCGCCUUUGAUGUCAUCGGUGAGCUUACUUUCAGCAAACGUCUGGGAUUUCUCGAGAGGGCCGAAGACGUGGAGGGUAUCACGGCGUCUGUGGCAGCAAAUUUUGAUCGUUGUUCCGUGCUGGGACAGAUGCCGUGGCUGGACCUUGUUACUUACAAGAACCCUAUCUAUUUGCGCUUCUUUGCCAAACCAGUCUCGUCGCCGAUUGUGUCAUUUGGACAGAGGCGAGUGCAGGAGCGCAUGGAAGACGAUAACGAGGAGAAGGGAUCCGAGAUCGACAUUCCCGAUCCAGACUUGAAAGCUAAGGUGUUGCAUGGCACGAUGCCGACCAAACCAGACUUUCUCUCCCGCUUCCUACAGCUACAGAAAGAACAACCGGAUGUUGUCACAGACCGACAAGUACUGGUCUACCUCUUCGCUAACAUCAAUGCUGGGAGUGACACAAUCGGCAGCACACUACGAGCAGUAUUCUACUACCUCCUCAAAUCACCGCAAUCGUUACAGAAGCUCGUCGGUGAGCUCACGAAAGCGCAGGAAACAGGCAAACUCUCCUCGCCUCUUCCUACCUGGACAGAAGUCCAAGCACUACCUUACCUCAAUGCCGUAAUUAAAGAAGCUCUUCGCCUCAAUCCAGCACUGGCACUGCCGAUGGAGCGUAUAGUCCCAGCUUCUGGACUGCAAAUCGGCGACGUCUUUCUCGCGCCAGGCACUGUCGUUGGCAUCAACCCAUGGGUACUUCAACGCGACCCGCGAGUCUUUGGCCAGGACGCUGAAGAGUGGCGACCUGACAGAUGGCUAGGCGAUGACAAGGAGGAAGUGAAGUACAUGGAUCAGCAUGUUUUGUCCUUCGGAGCGGGCAAGAGGACGUGUUUGGGACGGAACAUUGCAAUGCUUGAGCUGUUGAAGGUCGUACCUGCGUUGUUGUUGAGGUACGAGAUCAAGCUUGCACAGCCGGACAAGCAGUGGAGAGUGCACAACGCUUGGGCUGUCAAGCAGGAUGGUUUCGACGUCUUGUUGAGGAAGAGAGAUACUUAG